AUGGUUUCGUUAGCAAUUCAAUGUGGAAGAAAUUUCAGCGCAUUGGAUCAUGGAUACGCGAAUGUUCCCGACGGAUGUGAUCAGAAAGUAAGUCCUCGUUCUUUGGUGGCUUUCCCCGGAAGAUUCAGGAAAUCGAGGACUCACAUUUCUUCAAUGAAGAGUUUGCAGCCAGUGAAAGGCCAUGUGAAGGGGAGAAAAAAAGGCAAUGAGGCGAUUUCUAGCGAUAAGCUCGAUAAAUGGAUGAAGGAAUCGGUGGUGGAAAUUGUGAAGAAUCUUCGAGAAGCGCCUCUGUUUUUGCGGUGGUACACGACGGAGGACGGCAAGGGAGCGAGAUUGGAGACGGAGAAGGCAGUGGAGGAAGAUCGUUGGAGAACGUUGGAGGAACAGUGGAAGAACGGAGAGGCGCGGACGCCGGAAGGAAUCAUAUUCGUUCAAGAGCUUGAAGAUGAGGAUUACGAGGGGGAAUCGAAGGCGUGGGGGAUUGUAGUACAAGGAAGAUGCGUUGAACGUGGUGCGCCGGUUUGUUACUUGUUGAAGACGAGUAGUAGUAGGGGAGGGGUAGGUCUGUGGUGCACGCAUUUCUGUCUGGUUAGGGUUAAGAACUUCAGAGAGACGACGAAAUCGCAGCUGAAGAAUUGUUGGUUGCUGCAGAAUCAGUGA